AUAUUAUUAUCACAUUGCCAUCACUUGAUAAUUAUCUUCCAAACGUCAUCGUUCAACUACUAUCCUCCAACCAUAAUCACAUAACUACAAUCCUCUGAUCAAUGACGCUUGAUUAUAGUACUCCAAUCAUCAUUGUGUAACAAAAAUCCUCGGACCUCCAUCACUUGAUUAUAAUCAUUCGACCAUCACUAUCUAACUAUGUUCCUUUGAUAUAUAUUGCUGACUACUAUCCUCUAACUUACAGUCCUUUGACCAUUGUCACAUGGCUACACCGAUGACCACUGACUUGAUCAACUGCCAUCACUACUAAUGCCAACAUGCAUCAUGUUAUAAGAUCAUUGCAUUCCAUCAACAUUAAAUCUAACUUCUAAUGUCAGUAUCAUGACUUAUGUUAGACUUCUUGAUUUUUGAUCUCCCCUCCUCAAAAGAGGAUGAAUAAACAUAGAGCAAAAAGCCUCUUAAAGUUAUCUUUCAUGCCACAUGACUCUUCUAACUUUAUCUACAUAGCAUGUUCUAUACAUUGUAUGAUUACUACAUUGAAUCAAUGCCUUCCACAAAGAAAGAUAUCAUUUGUAAUCAAUGACAAACAUUAGUUGAAUCAAUAUUGUUGGGCCAAGCCCGUGGUAUCAUUCCUUUUCUUGGGUUUGGAAACUCUAAUUUCUUUUUCAAUUCCUGCACUUAUCUCUUAUUUAUGCAUAUGUUGAAACUUUGUGUAAAUACUAAGACAAUAAACCCUUUAACUAUACUAUCACGAAUAUUCUAACAUGUAACGUUUGCAAUGGAUGCAAUUUAGGAUCAGAGAUGGAGAUUGAGAUUAUUUUGUAACCUUAUAUAAAGGCCAAGCUACGUGUUGACAAAUCUUUCAUCUAGUUGUGCAUCAAGUACCGAUCGUCUCCGAACAAUUUCAAUUUCAAGUUUGAAUUUUACUCAAAACUAAAUCUUUAUAAUCCCAUUUUCUUUUAUGACUAUCACUAUUAUGCAUAUUUGAGAAUUACUUUAUACUCGUUUUCUAUUAGUGAAUACAUAACCUCUUAGUGCAUGGAUUCAUCCCAGCAUUAAUGUCUUCUUCCUUACCAAAAUUUUGCCAUUGGGAAGUGUUGGUAUGUCUUUACUUAAUCAUGAUAUUCUUUUUUUCUUUUUUUCUUUUCGGCUAGAUUUUUUUAAUGCCUUUAUUAAUACUUUUAUAGUGUUAACCAAUAUUUAUUUAUUUGUUUAUUAUAGGUUUUAUUUGAGAUAACUUUUUUAUUCCUUUUAAAAUAUUUUAUAAAAAAUUAAUUUAAGAAAUAAUAAGAAAACCUUUGCCUUAAGCUACACAAAUCCCUUAAAUAUACUAGCUUGAAAUUAUAACUUGCCCCUACCUUCAAAAACACUGAUUUGAGCGCGGAUCAUUGCUACUGGAUUUUCAAUCGCUCAGCCAGUCUUCAUUUGCCAGAGCAAUCAAGACGGUCUCUUGCUCUGAUGGCCUUGACGGUACCUCUUCCACCGCCGACGACGACAAUCACGGAAGACUUGCGCGUCCGUCGCCAUGCCGCACUCCGCCGACUAGACUCCUGCUCCACAAUGCUUGAGCUUCGGCAGCACCACUCCCAACUCGUCCGCCUCGGCCUCUCCUCCGACAACGACGCUGUCGGCCGCCUCCUCCGCUUUUGCGUCCUCUCCCCAGCCGGCGACUUUCCAUACGCCCUCCGCCUCUCGCAAUUCCUCCCUCAUCCCGACGCCUACAUCUUCAACACCCUUCUUCGCUCCCCCUCUCUCCCAUCCCCACUUCAUCUCUACAUCCAGAUGCUCCUCCGCUCCGUCCAACCCAACCACUAUACCUUCCCCUCCCUCCUCAAAUCCCUCUCUUCCGCUGGAUACGCACAAUCUCUCACCGCCAGCCUCCAGGUCCACGCUCACGUUCUCAAGCUCGGAUUCCACCCCGACACCUUCUCACAGAACAAUCUUCUGAAUUUAUAUUUUACGUUCGCUCUCCCCGUUGAUGCCCGCCGCAUAUUCGACAAAAUGCCUCACCGGGACGUUGUGUCAUGGACAACAAUGAUCACAGGCCUCUGCCGCCUAGGCCUGAUCGACGAUGCUCGCAACCUAUUCGACAACAUGCCUGAAAGAAACUCCGUAUCAUGGAACGCCAUGAUGUCAGGGUAUGUACAGAAUCAAAGUUUCCACCAAGCAUUCCAGCUCUUCUAUCAGAUGCAGGACAAUGGAGUAGAGCUCGACAAAUUCUCCGCAGCAAGCAUGCUGGCUGCCUGUGCAGGGCUCGGAGCAUUAGAGCAGGGCCAAUGGAUUCACAAACAGAUUGAAAGGAACCAGAUUGAACUCGAUUCGAAACUCGCCACCACCGUCAUAGACAUGUACUGCAAGUGUGGAUGCUUGGAGAAGGCCUAUGAGGUCUUUGAUGGCUUGAAAAGUAAAGGGCUUUCAUCUUGGAAUUGCAUGAUUGGAGGACUAGCAAUCCAUGGCAGAGGUGAAGAAGCCAUUAAUCUAUUCAAAGAGAUGGAAAAGGAAAUGGUGAGACCAGAUGAUAUAACUCUCGUCAAUCUCCUCAGUGCAUGUGCUCAUGCAGGCCUAGUUCAUCAAGGGCGGCACUUCUUCAAUUACAUGUCUAAAGUUCAUGAUAUUGAACACAAAACAGAGCAUUUUGGAUGCUUGGUGGACCUAUUAGGGAGAGCUGGCCUGCUACUAGAAGCUAAGAAGGUGCUCGAUGAAAUGCCCAUUGAACCAGAUGCCAGUAUUCUAGGUGCUCUACUUGGGGCCUGCAGGAUUCAUGGCAAUGUUGAACUGGGGGAACAAAUUGGCCAUAGGGUCAUUGAGCUCGAUCCAAACAACAGUGGCCGAUACAUUCUCCUCGCUAAUCUUUACACAAGCGCUGGUCGAUGGGACGAUGUGGCCAAUGUGAGGAGGUUAAUGAACGAUCGAGGGGUGAAGAAAGAAGCAGGUUGGUCAAUUAUUGAAAAGAAUGGUGUGGUGAACAAAUUUAUUGCUGGAGGGAAGUACCAUCCUGAGACCUCCCAGAUUUAUGCCAUGGUGGAGAAGAUGCUGGAGAGAAUCAGACUGGUUGGCUAUGUGCCUGAUAGAGGUGGAGUGUUCAAUGGCUUUGAGAAUAUGGAGGAAAAAGAGAGUCCGGUCUUCUUUCACAGUGAAAAGCUGGCAAUUGCUUUCGGGUUAUUGCACACAAAGCAGGGAGAAACGAUAAGGAUUUCUAAGAACUUGAGAGUGUGCAGAGAUUGCCAUGAGGCAAGUAAGCUCAUUUCCAAGGUUUAUGAGAGGGAAAUUAUCGUGAGGGAUCGUAAUAGGUUUCACCAUUUCCAUGGAGGGCAGUGUUCUUGCAAGGAUUACUGGUGAGGUUGACUGUGAUUUUAUUGUUUGAUAAUUAAUAAUUCUUUAAUCCUUGAUUUUAUUGGUAGGAGGAAUAUCGGCAUCUCCAACUGAAAAUCUCUUUUUUCACUCCAAAAUGCAUUGAAACUAAAAAAUGGCAUGAUUCAUCUUCAAUAGAACUCCAUUUUGAACCAUUAGUAGAAGGUAACGGUUUUUCUCAUCUUUCGUUGUUUCUUCGACAAAUCCGGUAGGGUAUAAAAAUAA